ACCUUCUGGCGCGGACUCGACAAUGCUGGGCCGUGUGCUGAAGGAAGUGAAGUUGCCGUUCCCGGAUGAUUUUUUCCCAGAGAUGGCGAUCUCGGCGCAGCAAGCGGACGGCUUAUCGCACCGCGAUGCGACUACUGAAUCAGACGCUAGACGCCGAGUCGCCCACACGAUUCCACCCAAGCCAGCAACCGGACGAGUGGAAGCUCAUCGGGGAUCGCAACGGCUUGCAGCUCUAUCGAGAGCGCGGUUUUGCCAAGGGCAACGCUGUCAAAGUGAACGUGCUGGGUCAGAUGGCCGGCACACUGGAAGACAUGCUGUUAGGUCUUUACGCCACGACCAACGGUGCACUGAAAACGCAACACUUAAUUAUGCACAAUGAUUAUCUGGACGCAGCUGUGCUACAUGUUUUUAAUGAGGAUCCGCACAGUGAGGACGACACAGGCUUCUCAUACCAGUCUGCCGGCCUCAAAUGGCUCGCGUGCGCCCCCACGGGCAAGCUGGUGCACAAGCGAGAUCUGUGCUGGCAUGAGGAGCUCGGACGCACGCAAGACGCCAAUGGGGAUGAAGUGGGGUAUCUGGUCAUGCAGUCGGUGAGGGUAGAGGAGUGUCCUCCUUUUGAGCAGCAAGGUUUGACGCGGUCGUCGGCCGCGGUGUGCUACAUCUUUCGCCCACUCCCAAACAAUCGAGUGGCGGUCUACAUGAAGGGACAACAUGCGGUAGGUGGCAAAUCGAGAAGUUGGAGUGCAGACGCGAUCAUGGCCGAGUUGUGGCUGGGCGUUGCAAGCGCGCUAGAGUGUACCAAGUCCAAGCGACUGUCGAAACUCGUGAGUGGCAAGGAGAUGUUCAUCACCAGUGCACAAAGCAAGACGUGCGAUAUCUGUGACUCAAAGUUGAAGAUGCUUAAAACAAACCAGAGCUGCAAGAUUUGCAGUAAGAAUGUAUGCGACCGCUGUCGCAUGACCAAGAUGAUCUAUCCGUCCCGCAACACGGGUCUGGGUCGCCAAGAUACGCUCGGGCUUCAUCGACAGGACCGCAAGGGCUCUCUAAAGUGUCGUCAUCGUCUGACCCCAGUCCUGGACAGCGCCAACGGGUGCUAUCUCAUGAUCAAGCUGGAUCAGCGUCCUACCGGGGACGUAGACCUCAGCAGCUGA